CACCGCACCCCGGCCACCCUCCCUCCAUUUCCUUCGCUAUCCACUCUGGCAGUCCCCGUCCAGCCACCGCUGCCCGCCCGCUCCCUAGCAAUGGCGUCCGCCGCGCACGCGCCGACGCCGGUGCUCAAGGACGAGCUGGACAUCGUCAUCCCGACGAUCCGCAACCCGCCCGCUCCCUAGCAAUGGCGUCCGCCGCGCACGCGCCGACGCCGGUGCUCAAGGACGAGCUGGACAUCGUCAUCCCGACGAUCCGCAACCUCGACUUCCUGGAGAUGUGGCGGUCCUUCUUCCAUCCCUACCACCUCAUCAUCGUGCAGGACGGCGACCCCAGCAAGACCAUCCGUGUCCCCGAAGGCUUCGACUACGAGCUCUACAACCGCAACGACAUCAACCGCAUCCUGGGGCCCAAGGCGUACUGCAUCUCCUUCAAGGACUCCGCCUGCCGCUGCUUCGGCUACAUGGUCUCCAAGAAGAAGUACAUCUACACCAUCGAUGACGACUGCUUCGUUGCCAAGGAUCCAUCAGGGAACGACAUCAAUGCACUUGAGCAGCACAUCAAGAACCUCCCGAGCCCUUCUACUCCAUUUUUCUUCAAUACUUUGUAUGACCCUUACCGCGUAGGCACCGAUUUUGUUCGUGGGUACCCCUUCAGCCUUCGUGAGGAUGUUCCAACUGCUGUUUCUCACGGGCUUUGGCUCAACAUUCCAGACUAUGAUGCCCCUACCCAGCUCGUUAAGCCCCUUGAGAGAAACACCAGGUAUGUGGAUGCUAUCCUUACAAUCCCAAAGGGCGCCCUCUUCCCUAUGUGUGGAAUGAACCUUGCAUUCGACCGUGAGCUCAUUGGUCCUGCAAUGUACUUCGGUCUUAUGGGUGAUGGCCAGCCUAUCGGUCGCUACGAUGAUAUGUGGGCAGGAUGGUGCACGAAGGUAUGUUUCUUUAUCACCUUCCUAGUUGCAGUCCUGUUAUGUCUACAAGUGCAGCGAAAACAACUGGUGGCAAGAAGCUGCGCUGUGCAGGCUAGUGACUAUUACCAGUACAUGCUUAUUGACUGCACAUUGCUUGGUGAUUUCUCUCUCGUCUUAGUCCAGUAUCUUUGCACUGACAAAACCAUGCCAAAUGUCUCGUCUGCUGCAACAAACAGGUGACCACGGAUCAUCUGGGCUUGGGUGUGAAGACUGGCCUGCCCUAAGUCUGGCACAGCAAAGCGAGCAACCCGUUUGUGAACCUGAAGAAGGAAUACAACGGCAUCUUCUGGCAAGAAGAGCUGAUCCCGUUCUUCCAGUCAGUCUCCCUUCCGAAGGAUGCCACCACCGUCCAAAAGUGCUACCUCGAGUUGGCCAAGCAGGUGAGGGCGAGGCUCGGCAAGGUGGAUGGCUACUUCAAUAAGCUUGCCGAUUCCAUGGUCACGUGGAUCGAGGCCUGGGACGAGCUGAACCCCGCAAAAGGUGGAGUCCGAGUCCCCACAGCAAAUGGCCCUCACAAGAAGUAAUAAAAACACGAUGUAGUAUAAACUUCACUUGUUCAUGUGGACAGUCAUACUGAAAAGAAAUGAUGUCUUUGGUUAGUGCUGAUGGACUGAGAUUUACACGUCCCGGGAAAUCGUCCUGCCGGUUUUAGGGCGUUUACAUGUUUUAUUGAUCGUUUUUCGUGUGAUGGAUGCAACAGGUGUAAUGUCGGAUUGGAUUACCUUUAAAUUAUAAUAAAGUUUACGGGUUAUGGC